GUUGUAGUUAUUGCGGCUCAGCUGAGGAUGCCGGGAAGGGCUGGUGGUCGGGGGCCUGGAGCGGCGGUUGCGCUUGGUUGCGGCUGCUGUCAUCAUGUCCCGCAUUUUGGUGCCUUGCCAUGUGAAAGGCACCGUAGCCCUCCAGGUGGGCGACGUGCGGACCUCCCAAGGCCGGCCUGGCGUGCUGGUCAUCGAUGUCACCUUCCCCAGCGUCGCUCCCUUCGAGUUGCAGGAGAUCACAUUUAAGAAUUACUACACAGCUUUUUUGAGCAUCCGUGUCCGUCAGCACACCUCUGCACACACACCUGCCAAGUGGGUGACCUGCCUGCGGGACUACUGUCUAAUGCCCGACCCACACAGUGAGGAGGGAGCCCAGGAGUAUGUAUCGCUGUUCAAGCAUCAGAUGCUGUGUGACAUGGCCAGAGUAUUGGAGCUACGCCUGAUUCUGCGGCAGCCAUCACCACUGUGGCUGUCUUUCACAGUGGAGGAGCUGCAGAUCUAUCAGCAGGGACCAAAGAGCCCCUCCAUGACCUUCCCCAAGUGGCUCUCCCACCCAGUGCCCUGUGAGCAACCUGCACUCCUCUGUGAGGGUCUCCCAGACCCCAGCAGGGUAUCCUCCGAGGUGCAGCAGAUGUGGGCACUGACAGAGAUGAUCCGGGCCAGUCACACCUCCGCGAGGAUCGGCCGUUUUGAUGUGGAUGGCUGUUAUGACCUGAACUUGCUCUCCUACACUUGAAUGGUGGCUCCUACCCAAGAUGUUGGCCUUUCUGUGCCCACCCAGACUUGGUUUGGGCCACCAGAGGCUGAAGUGUGUUUCCUGUGCAUUCCGAAUGUUGCCUGCAUGCCCAUUCUGUCUGGGCCAUGUUCACAGAUUCAAGAUUCUCGGGGGCUCACUGUGUUACUUCAGCAUGAGCUCCUGGCAGGGGGGGUGCUCUGUCUUCGCCUGGCUGCAACUCAAUUCUUCCUUCUACCCAAAAACACUCCAGUCAGUUGUACUUACUGAGAAUCCCUGAGUGCCCUCUGCCCAUCCUGCCAACAUGCACAUUCCUGUCUUCUGCCUGCUUCCUCACCUCAGUGCAGUUGGGCUGGGCUGACCUACUAGAACCUGCUCCAUGUAUGAACCUGGAAGGCCACUGCUGCCAUGGCACUUGGGACACUUGAGGAAGAAACAGAAACCUUAUUUCUUCCUAUGUGUCCCCUAGUGGUUUUCUUUCCAUUUGUAUUAUGCCACAGAAAUAAAUUUCUUGUCUAAACUCUUCUGCUACCUGCCUAGGAAGGAAACCUGAAGAUUUGGGCAGCCUGAGUCUCUCAGUUUCUGAGCUGGCUCCUGAAUAUAUGUUCAAGUGGGUGUGCCCAUAGGGCCUGGGCAGGUGUCUCUAGCAAAGCCAGCACCUGAGAAUAAGAACUGGAACCCUUCUAGACCGGGUGCAGUGGCUCACACCUGUAAUCCCAGCACUUUGGGAGGCUGAGGCAGGUGGAUCACCUGAGGUCAGGAGUUUGAGACCAGCCUGACCAACAUGGAGAAACCCCAUCUCUACUAAAAAUACAAAAAAUUAGCUGGGUGUGGUGAUGGGCACCUGUAAUCCCAGCUACUUGGGAGGCUGAGGCAGGAGAAUGUCUUUAAUCUGGGAAGUGAAGGUUAUGGGGCUGAGAUCGUGACAUUCCACUCCAGCCUGGGCAACAAGAGUGAAACUCCAUCUUAAA